AAGACAGUAAGAGACAUUCAGACGUUGUCGGCACAAAAUCAUGAAUUUUAUCCCCUGAAUGGCUCAUAGAAGAUUUUUUUUUUCAAUUAACUCCUACAACGAGGCUAUUGACAGAACAGCUUCCGGUUUAGUAACGACAACAACAGCUCUCUCAGCAGAGUCUGCGAGAGAAACAACCAGAAAUAAACAGUCAGGAUGCGGUUUAUACUGCUCCGUGGAAGGGUGCAACUGUGCAAGUGUCAAAUGUUUCGGUGUAAGUUCGUUUUCGCUUCCGUGUGCAGGUAUACCGAAAGAGCGAGAAGAGUGGCGAACGAUAUCUAUGUAACCUUGACGCAGACAGAUACACUACUCGAGUGUUUACACCUGCAAGUAGAGGUGCGGAGCUAUGUGAGAGUGGGUGGAGCAAAGCGAGAACCUCGGGUACUCAGUUUCUGACGUCAUAGCCUGUUACCGACCCAGAGUAGACGGUACUCGUCUUCAGUCAAUCUUACCUUGUACGUGAGGCAACAUUUUUAGCUGUUGAAUUACAAGUUAUCACUAAAAGUAUUUGGAGGACGGAAAGAAGAGAUUUCCUCUUCGGAAUCAAACAUUGUGCAGACUUCUCGUCUCCAUCCAAAUAUUCUUUAUCUGUUGUGAUCUACUAGUGUUUUUGUCACAGCGUUUUUCUUCAGGUGUGCAUGUUGACAUAAAUUUAUGCAGGUGAAAGCAAGCAGAAAACGUCGUCUACGUGGGUACCGAAAAUAGGGCUUCAAGAUGGAAAUGGCAUAUUCAACUAAUAAAAACCACAUCAUAAUCUGUUUCAUCUGUGCCUUCCUGAUAGAAGCUGAUUGCGUGAAAGGACAAGAAUACAAAUGUGAAAUACAAAUAGAAGGAAGGCGCUUCACCAAAGUAAAAUGGAGUAUACCAAAUGAAUACUCUUACAAGCAAAGACCAUUUACAAUAGCCUACAAGUCACCCGAUGGAAAGACAGAGGAUGUUGUGGUCCUUUACUAUGUCGGACAUUACACCUGCGUGGCUAAUCCAGGCUAUACCUGUGACAAGGACAGUAACACCACCUUCAUUAGUGCUGAUAUAACUGAUGGAGUAUACACACUUACUGCUGAUGGAGAUGCUGGUGUUUUAUGCACAGCUGCAUACAGUCAGACUGAGUCUUUAGAUACAAGCAAUGAUAUUCACAAGGAAAAUGGCACUGGCUGCAGUAACGCAUUUUCAGAUGGAUCUAACAACAGACUUAUUGGAAUCAUCUGUGCAGUAUCUGGAGUAUCUAUAGUCAUUUCAUUGAUAGUUGCUGGUGUAAUUUGUCAGCGAUACAGGAAAAUUGUUAACAGUGGGUGGAAAAAUGCUCGUAUUCAAAAAGACCUUGGAGAUGCAGAACAACACUGUUUGCCGAUGCCGGAGAGUUGUGUCAAAACUAUCCAUACAUUUCUGUAAAAUGUUGAUAUUCUUCCUCAAGCAGUAUUUUUCUUACAUAGCAAAGAAUUCUAAAUGUACAUGCAAGUGACACUUAAAUGGUGGAGACAGAUUUACUGAUGCAGUUAAAAUUAUUAAUGUUAGAAACAUUCAGGCUCACAAAAAAGGAAGAAAAAAUAGAUGUAGCAUUACAAAACAACUACACAGUUGUCAUUUACAAUGGUAUUCUUUUUGUUUUUAAAAAAAAGGAGGAACGAUGAAAUAAAUAGACCAGUCACAAUCAUUUAUGAUCCAACUUAAUAAGGCAAUGAAAGGAAAUAGACAUUAAACAAUGUCAUACAAUUCCUUUUUAAAGAUACAUAAGAUUUUGCUAUCAGUUGUGCCCUGUAUUAUUGUAAGGGAGGUUAUCAAAUGCUCUUGUGUUUUAUGGCAGUGAUGAAAGAGAAGCUAUCAUGAUGCUGUCCUAUUUUAUGGGGUAGUGAUGAAAGAGUAGCUCAUGAUGCUGUUCUGUGUUAUGGGAUGGUAAUGAAAGAGUAGCUCAUGAUGCUGUCCCAUGUUAUGGGGCAGUAAUGAAAGAGUAGCUCAUGAUGCUGUCCUGUGUUAUAGGCGAUAAUGAAAGAGUAACUCAUAAUCCUGUCCUGUGUUAUGGAAUAGUAAUGAAAGAGUAGCUCAUGAUGCUGUCCUGUGUUAUGGGGCACUAAGGAAAAGUUGAUAAAAUGCUUCAAGUCCAUGUCCAUUUUUCUCACUCACUUCUACCAUACAGUGGCACUUGCUUAAACCAUCCUUUAAUCUGUCCUUUUAUGAUCAUCAAUUGUCACAGGCUUUUAAUAUUCUGUUUCUUUGAUAGGGAGAGGGGUGUUGUGUUUUACUUCUAUUUUUAUUUUGUCCUUUUUAUUGUGAACACAACAUUUGUAUGAUCACUUAAUUUAUUCUAGCAUUAUUAAUUUAGGGAAAUUGUUUAAAUAGUUAAAGCUGGCUUGAUGACUAUUUCUUUUAAAACUCCACAUAGAGCUUAUACAAAUAGCAUAUGAAUGACGGAAGGAUAAACAACAGGGGUGAUGACAAAUAAAAGAGAAAUACAGAAAAUAUAAAGAGAAACCAAGUAACAAGGACUAAGUGUAUCAUGAGUUUUGCAAAGAAAGAUGAGGUAAGUAGCAAUAAGCGGGAAAGGGGGAAAAAGUGUGAAAAAGGACAUGCAUUCUGUAGACUUUUGUUAGAAGUAAUGCUUAAGGAAGAGGUACGUUUUCAGUCCACAUUUAAAGGACUCAACCAUGCGUGGGUGGGUAAUAUGGAAAUGAAGAACAUUCCAAUGUUUUGUUGCACAGUAACUAAUAAUCCUCUUACCAAAUGUUUUCGCUCUGGUGACAGGAAUAGCUAGGAGCUACAAAUCUUCAUAUACUGGGAUUUUCCUUACUGCAUUAUAUUAUUGCUUAGGUACAAAAUACAUGUUUCAGAUAAUUAAAACCUGGGCUCAUUGUACAAGAUAAUGUUAACGAAACUGUAAACUUACACAUUAAAAUUUUCCUAACCAGUGUCUUAUUCGACUUUUAAGACCAGCAGCAUUUCAGAACAGUAUGUUUUCUAUGCCCCUCACUUAUUGUUACUAGGUCUUCAUUAUUAUGUUAGAUGCACAAUGCCAUUGUUAAAGACACUAACGCAAAUAUUAGACUUUGUUACACUUUAUUCAGUCCACAUUUAAAGGACCCAGCCGCUUGCUGGUGGGGGAUAAGGAAAGGAAUAGAGUUCAAUUGUUUUGUUGCACAGUAACUUUAUCGGCUCUAUAUUUUUUCCAGAUCUUUAUCUGAAUGUGAUGUUUCAGUUAUAGAUAUAUACUGCUAAUAAAGCUGAUCAAAAAAUGUUAUUAUUUGUUACCACACUCUAUAAACAUCUUACUUUUGAUAAACAAAUGCUUCAAAUUGCAAGUCUUCUUCUGACAAUAAAAAUAUAUUCUUUCCAUU